UCUUUUCCUAACAAAAUGACUAGUCAGGAGUAUUAUAGCCAAGAAAUGAACCUCGUUGAGGUUAUUCGUGAUGAAUUACGCCAAGCCACAAUCGAGGUGAGAAGAAAUCACCGAACAGAAGAACAAAAUAAACGUCGAGCUUUGGGAGAAAUAAUAAAAAAUGAUGACUCCUGGACUUUAGACACAAUUAUUAAAAAAACAAAAGAUUUGAGAAAAAAACCUUUGUCAAUUGACGAUUAUAUCAAGUUGCAAAAUUCAUUGAUUCAGGAUGAAGAAAACAUAAAAGGAUUUUUAUCAGUCGGUGGUUCAAUAGCAGCGUUGAUUCGCGACCUGACGAGCAUAAAACCCAGCAUUGAACUAGCCGCUGCACAUUGUUGCUGUAAUAUUGCUCUCGGAAAUAAAUCACAGUGCACAACUUUGUGUAAAUAUGCGGGACCCUAUUUAGUUGAGCAAUUAGAUACUUUAAGCAAUCCUCUCUUGGAAAUAAGUGCCUGGACCGUUGGUAAUCUGUGUGGAGGCAGUAAAAAUGCAUUUAAAGCACUGUACGCACAAGGCUGUCUUUGUCGUUUACUUUCACUAUUGCGUGAUUGUGACAUAAUCAUCUUACCGUCAAUUAUUUAUGCAGUUACCCAGUGUCUCAACGAAGGAUUUGAAUUAAUCAAUGACUUGGAGGCUGUCGAAAUGUCUAAAGGAAUAAUUGAGCGAGGCUGUUAUGAUAAUUCGUCUGGUAUCUGGGUUUUGGCACUUUUAUCUUCUAAAUUAGAAUGUCGCGAGACUCUUUGUACCAUUUUAUCCUCAGUAUUUGACUUAUUGAUGAUUAAGAUAAAUGAAGAGCCUUCUGAUACUAAAUUAAUAACAGCAGCAAUGAGAUUGCUGGCAAAUUUAAUCCCCGAGUCUACUGGUUUUGCUGCUAAUGUCAUUUUUUACAAUCCCAAGUACUCAAUCACUGAUGUCGAGAAAUUAUUUAAUAGAUUGUUGCUUUAUCCACACGUUCAUGUGAGAAAAGAAACUUUAUGGUUAUUAGGAAAUCUUUACAACCAUCCUCAAGAACAAGUGAGUCAAGCGGUUAAAGAUUUACUGCCUCGCCUAGCUAAUUUAAAACUAGCCAUCCAGUCAGUCACUAUCUAA